AUGGCAGAGGAAGUUCCAGCAACAGCGUCUUUCACUCCAUACGUUCACUCUCAAACCCUAACUUCCCACAUUGGCGCCGUCUCCUCCGUGAAAUUCUCCCCCGAUGGCCGCCUCCUCGCUUCAGCCUCCGGCGACAAGACAGUCCGCACUUACGCUAUCAACAUCGACGGAGAUCCAAUUGCCGAUCCCGUACGGCAGUUCACCGGCCACGAGAGCGGCCUCUCCGAUGUUGCCUUCUCUUCAGACUCGAGGUUUAUCGUCUCAGCUUCCGAUGACAAGACCUUAAAGCUCUGGGACGUUGAAACCGGUUCACUGAUCAAGACGCUUAACGGGCACACUAAUUUCGUCUUCUGCGUCAACUUCAAUCCUCAAUCCAACAUGAUUGCCUCUGGAUCAUUCGACGAAACCGUUCGGAUCUGGGAUGUGAAAACCGGAAAGUGUUUGAAAGUCCUCCCCGCGCAUUCCGAUCCCGUCACCGCCGUGGAUUUCAAUCGCGACGGCUCGCUCAUCGUUUCGAGCAGCUACGAUGGUUUGUGCCGCAUUUGGGACUCAGGGACUGGACAUUGCGUGAAAACCCUAAUUGACGAUUGUAAUCCUCCUGUUUCCUUCGUUAGAUUCUCUCCCAACAGUAAAUUCAUCCUCGUUGGCACUCUCGAUAACACUCUGAGGUUGUGGAACAUUGCUUCUGCUAAGUUCAUCAAAACAUACACUGGUCAUGCGAACGCACAGUACUCCAUUUCCUCUGCGUUCUCCGUGAAAAAUGGGAAGCAAAUCAUCAGUGGAUCAGAGGACGGAUGUAUAUACAGGUGGGAGCUGAACUCCAGGAAGAUGAUUCAGAAACUUGAAGGUCAUACUGAGCCCGUCAUGAGCGUGGCUUGCCACCCGACAGAGAACUUGAUGGCAUCAGGUUCACUCGACAAGUCUAUAAGAAUCUGGACACAGAAGAAAGAAUGA